GGGGAAUGAUGGUAACUAGGCAACACAAAGCUGUUAUUGGGUAACCAAGGAGCAAGGUUGUGUUUAGCAAGUUCCCCUAUGUCACAUGAUUGUCACUCUACAGUGUCAAACCUUUCAGAUGGAUGCUAAAAAGUAGGAAAGAAAAUGCUCCGGUGUCAAACAUAUUUUAUGGUUUUGGAAUUAGUGACAAUAAAAGAAUGGUCUGAAAUGAUACCCUUUGGAAGUCUUUAGGAGGUACGAUUUUGGCCAUGUCAAUAGCUCCAAAGUAAAUUAUUUGGCCAUUACAAAUCCCAAAGCCAUUUAAAACUUUGUUACAUGAUGAAUAAAAAUGUUUUUGAGGUUUAAAACUGAAGUACGAUUUAAAUAAGGAUCACAUUCCUACAACGUAUAUUAAGCACAACUGGAAGGGCUACAAUACUGAUUGUUAAAAUAAUCUGGCUUUUAUCGACACAAUUCUAGCAUUUAUCCAUACUUCAAAAAUGAUUUUAGUCAAUUCAGAAUCUGUCUCUACAAAUAACAUAGAAUGCUUAUAACUUUACUUUAGAUAAUGUAUUCCGUUUGUGUCUGUGUUCUACUGUUCCUAUUUGAAUAAAAUUUGGUUACAUUUUUCAUGUUUGGUGAUGCCCAAGUUUCAACUGAGUUAUUGUGUCUUACAAAGACUCCUUCACAGCACAAGACAGGAGGUUGGUGAAUUCAGACAAUGAGCUCAUUGUCUGGGCCUCGGAGUGGAAAGGAAAGGAAAAAAAGAAUCAAAAGCAAUAAUGAGAUGUUGUAAAGCCGAGCUGCAGCAGGCCUGACGCUGCCAUGGGGAGGCUCCGCGGCCCCCACGCCCAGCUCUGGAAUCUAGAGCGGUUGGUUUCCUCCCCGUGGUUAUACAGCGGCUGUGCUGCGUGGCUCAGCUGGAGCAGAGCAUGGACGACAGGCUUGAGUGGGCUUUCUUCGGGCUGGCCUUCGCAGGCUGGCUGUGUGCCAUCUUCACCAGGUUUCUGCCUAUGUGGAACGUGUAUGGAACCAUGGACAAUGUCACGGAUGCUCUCCCCUUGUACUGGGACGGUGUCUGGCUGAACUGGCAGGAAGCCAGCACCGGGAACCUUCACUGUAGCUUCUACCAGUCGCUGCUGUUCCUCGCUGCGAGCUUCCGAUCCUGGAAAGCCCUGAUCCUCGCCUCGAUCGGGACGGGAGUCUUUCCCGUGGUGGGUUUCCUGGCAGGCAUGGCCAAGUUCCCCCAGCAGGUUCAAGUCAAGGGAGCGGCUGGGUUGACCUUUCUCCUGUCGGGGCUGUUGCUCCUGUUGGUGGUAGCCUGGACCACACACGCCACAAACAGUGAUCUGGACUCCAACGCACCCCUGACCAAGGAGUGGGGGGCAGCUUUAUACUGUGGGUGGACUGGAACUGUGCUGUUGCUUGUCGGAGGAGGAGCUCUGAGCACACUGUGCUGUGCAGCACUGCAAGAGCGACGAGAACAAACACGACCAGCACAAACGGCAGAGCCAGAUACAGAUGAUCCACUCUUCGCUAUACACAGGGCUGCCUUCAUACCCAGCCCAUACCAGCACACUACCAGACCAAUUUGAAAUAAGUGAACUUCACCUCUUGUGGAAUUAACACCACUGUAGACUCUUAAGGGAUCCACUGAAAAUGGAAAGUAAAACUAUGCUUGAAACAAUACAUAUUGCUUAUGGCUGUAAGGUUAAAAUAUUAGAUGUAACUUAAGACUCAAGGUGGGACAUUUUCCUUGUAUGUUACACUUUUCUCCAUGGUGCUAUAGCCAACGUGAGUAUGCACAAACUGUGGUUCUCAAGCAGUCAGUUCAUUUACAGCAAUUUGCUUACACUUUUUAUCCAAAGCAACCUACAAUUAUGUCUGAAUACAACUUGAAUGAUUGAGGGUUAAGGGCCUUGC